AAUGCGUGUUAACUGUUGAAAAAAAAAACCCCCCAAUUAAACUGAAACUGAAACUGAAACUCACCCAAACCAAAACACUUGUUUUGUCUUCACUGUUAAAGUCUUCCCACACAAAACUGAAAUUAUCACUCUCAUAACAAUAAUUCUGGGGCAGUUUCGUUGCUUAGUAGUUAAUACCCAUUUGAAUCAUCAUACAAUAAAAUGGAGACUCCAGUUGAAGUGAUACCUACUCGUGUUGCAUCCGGAUUCGUAGAUGACUUGUCUGAGACUUGCAAGAUGGGUUCUCCAAAUGGAAGAGCAAUGCAUAACUCUGACGAUGAAGUUCCUCUUGACUCCGAAAUGAAUUUUCACCUUUCAGAAUCUGGUCUGGUGGAUGCUCAUGGAUCACGUCCUGGAGAAUCUUGGACUGCUCAUCGAGAAACGUUUUGGUGUAAUAUUUGCAGGAGCAUACAAGUUGUAGUUUUCUCUAACAAACUCAACUUGCUUAUGCCUUUUGGGCCUCUUGCAAUUCUUGUGCAGAAGUUUACGGGUCAUCUUGGUUGGGUCUUCGGUCUGAGUUUGUUGGGUAUAAUGCCUCUGGCGGAGCGGUUAGGUUAUGCUACCGAGCAGCUUGCAUUUUACACCGGAGAUACUGUUGGGGGUCUUUUAAAUGCUACAUUUGGAAAUGCAACUGAAUUGAUCAUCUCAAUAUAUGCACUGAAAAAUGGAAUGACACGUGUUGUCCAGCUCUCUUUGCUGGGUUCAAUUUUGUCCAAUAUGUUGCUAGUGCUUGGAUGUGCAUUCUUAUGUGGAGGGAUUGUUUUUAAUAAGAAGGAACAAGUGUUUAACAAGGCAAGUGCUUCUGUGAACUCAGGAUUAUUGCUGAUGGCAGUCAUGGGCAUACUUUUUCCUGCUGUUCUACACUACACACACACUGAGGUCCACGUUGGGAAGUCAGAGUUAUCACUUUCAAGAUUCAGCAGCUGCAUCAUGCUGGUGGCCUAUGCUGCAUACCUAUUUUUUCAGUUAAAAAGUCAAAGAAAUCUCUACGUCUCUGUGAACGAGGAAGAGGGUCAGAAUGGAAACAACUCAAAUGAUGAUGAAUCUCCAAAUAUUUCUAAAUGGGAAUCUAUAAUCUGGCUUUCGGUUAUGACUGCUUGGAUAUCAAUCCUGUCAGAAUAUUUGGUUGGCGCUAUAGAGGGAGCAUCUAGUGCAUGGGAAAUUCCAGUAGCAUUUAUUAGUGUCAUAUUGCUUCCACUAGUGGGGAAUGCAGCUGAACAUGCCAGUGCUAUAAUGUUUGCCAUGAAAGAUAAACUCGACAUUUCCUUAGGAGUAGCAAUAGGUUCAUCCACGCAGAUAUCGAUGUUUGUGAUACCAUUUUGUGUUGUUAUUGGCUGGAUAAUGGGGCACCCUAUGGACUUAAACUUUCAACUUUUUGAGACUGCAGCACUAUUUCUUACUGUUAUAGUCGUAACCUUCAUGUUACAGGAAGGAACUGCUAAUUACUUCAAAGGACUAAUGCUUAUUCUUUGCUAUCUGAUAGUGGCAGCCAGUUUUUAUGUACAUAUGGAUUCCUCUCAAUAGGUUAGAUUACAUGAACUUUCUCUUGUACAUUUCUGAAAUGAGGUUGUGGAGAUUUUGUUGUUUCCCUGACGAAAACGUAAGAAAUUAAUUUGUUCCACUUCUUAUUUCCAUCUUGUAAUUUAAUUGUGUUUCAUAAAUGUUAUUGAUCUGGCAUCCUGCUUGUUUCACUA